AUGGGUGUUGCUGAUCAAGUUUGGGGUGAUUACCCAGUAUACUACAAACAGCCUAUUAGAUGGUUACGUUAUCAUGCUCAUACAAAACCACAUUUCUUCUGGUCUAUAGCAUUCGGUUUAAGUGGCCCAUUAUUAAUUGCAUUCACACCUUUAAGAAAGAAGUUUAUUUACGAUGAUCACGUACCUGUUCCUCAAAGCUAUCCAUUAGAAGGUCCAAGAGAUAAAAAUUUAACUGGUUAUGAUGAUUAG